GUGCCGGGCUACAGUCAGUCGGCCGCGCAGCUCGGUGCGCGACGUUCGUGCGCGGAGGGUCUUGUUUUCGUCCCUUCAUACCCCGGUGCUCAAUAAACGUGAGUGCGAGCGAGACGGCAUAUCCCAGAGAGAGGAAACGGUGAAAGAGUGAGACGACACUAUGGCAGUGUCGCAACCUCGCCCACCUGACCGUGUUGACGCCGCGCUCGAAAAAGUUGCGCCGUUGCGCUAUUUGAAGGCGCACGAAUGUGCUCGCUCCGAGCGUACCGUGACGCGUUAUUAUCAUAAGCCCUUGUCUUAAAAGAGGUUUCUGAAUUAUUUGAGGUGAAAUCAAUUGAAAAUCGAAGAAUUCAACGUUAUCUCACAAGGUUUCCAGCGGUGACCGGGUGAUGGCCACUUGAGCCAAGAUGAUGAAGCGAACCGGUCCCCGUCUGGGGCCUGACGAGCCCUCACCCAUACCGCAGUCUGCUGCUCAGAUUCAGCAAGCGGGUGCCAGCAACAUGCAUACGUUGGCCCAAUCGGCUCAACCGCAAUUAUUAGGAGCGACAGCGAUGCUGUCAGUGAGUGGGGGCUUCAGUCGCGGCCCGGCGCGCGCCAACGCCCCCGCCGUCAUCAACUACCUGAAGCCCAACACGGUGCAAUACGCGCCGAAGCAGCCGCCUCAAGUGCCGCCGAGGCUUAAGCUGGUUCAGCAACCAGCCCCGCUACCCAUCGCUGGACGCCAGUCGCCCGGUCUUGCGGCGCCGCUGGCAGCUCAGCCGGCGGGACAGUUCCAGCGACUGAAAGUCGAAGAUGCACUUACGUAUCUCGACCAAGUCAAAUACAAAUUCAACACUCAGCCCCAGGUGUACAAUGACUUCCUGGACAUCAUGAAGGAGUUCAAGAGUCAGACUGUUGGUUGCAGAAUCGAUACACCCGGCGUCAUUACCCGGGUGUCGAACUUGUUCAAAGGUCACCCGGAGCUGAUUGUCGGAUUCAAUACCUUUCUGCCGCCGGGAUAUAAGAUCGAAGUCCAGAGUAAUGGACAGGUAUCAGUGUCCAUGCCAUCUCCCACCGGAGCGGGCUGCGGGCCCGUGGGCGUGAGUGGAGUGGGCGGCGUGGGCGUGGGCGCCGUGAGCGGCGGCGGCGGCGGCGGCGGCGUGCUGCUGGGCGUGCACCACGCGCCGCCGCAGUCGCAGCUCGUGCACCUGCUGCCAGUGCCUCAGUCAGUCAAUACAGCAAUAGUUCACAACUUGUCGGUGAACGCAACGCCGGCGAACACCCUGCAUCAUAUCUCCCAAGCCCAUCAGCAGAUUGAAGCCGCAGCUAUACAUCAUCCACCAGGCUCGGCGCCCAGCAGCGCGGCGCACGCGGGCGCGGCGGCGGGGCAGCCCGUGGAGUUCAACCACGCCAUCGAGUACGUCAACAAGAUCAAGUCCCGUUUCUCCAGACAGCCAGACAAGUACAAGCGUUUCCUGGAGAUCCUUCACGCUUACCAACGAGGUCAUAGGGACGUUAAGGAGCCUCAGGCGAAGCAACAGACUGAACAGGAAGUCUAUUCGCAGGUGGCAAAAUUGUUUGAGAAUCAAGAUGAUCUAUUGGCUGAGUUUGGUCAGUUUUUACCAGAUGCAAAGGCGGUAACCAAACCCGCACACAUUCCGCCGCAUUCGAGAUCACCACCGCCACAGGCACUGGUGGCCCCGCGCGAGGAGGAGCGCUACGCGGCGGCGUCCCCCCCGCCGCACGCGCCGCACCCCCCGCACCCCACGCAUGCGCCGCACGCCGUGCACGCGCCGCACGCACCGCACACGCAGCUACACCACGCGCCGCCACUCCCAAAGCACACGAGCGCACCCGUCGCCCCUCCACAGCAUCACCAUCUCAAGAGGUCGCCUAGCUUCGGAUCCUCUACUCAGAUCGCGGGCGGGGCUCCGCCGGCGAAGAAGGCGCGCGCGGGCGGCGCGUCGCCGGCUCUGCGCGACGUGUCGCUGGCCGACGCCGCCAAGCUGGCCACCGCGCACGACUACGGGUUCUUCGACCGCGCGCGCAAGGCGCUGCGCUCGCAGCACGUCUACGAGAACUUCCUCAGAUGCCUUCUACUCUUCACCAAUGAGAUCAUCUCAUCAUCUGAGCUCCUCUGCGUCACCGAGCCUUUCCUCUACCGUCACCCGGAACUAAAGAAAUGGCUACAAGAUUUCGUGGGUCCGGUCUCACCACCGCACACACCUACUACUACUCAUACUGGCUACAACAACUUCAGUAGCACAAGCAGCUUACUUAGCUGUGAGCGAUCCAGGCUCGGGUCGGAGACGAAGCGACAUGAACCCCUCGGGGCAUAUGGUGCCCAGUUGAGGCACGAGAGGCCUCAAGGAGACGCUGCUAUGGAUAUAGAUCUGUCGACGUGUAAGAGGUUAGGCACGUCGUACUGUGCGUUACCACGCGAAGCGGCUGCGAGGCGGUGCUCUGGACGAACGCCGCUUUGCAAAGAGGUUCUCAACGAUACGUGGGUGUCCUUUCCGACGUGGAGUGAGGAUUCGACUUUCGUUACAUCGAGGAAAACUCAGUUCGAAGAGUACAUUUAUCGCUGUGAAGAUGAGCGAUUCGAGCUGGACGUGGUGAUCGAGACUAACGCGGCCACCAUCCGCGUGUUGGAGGGCGUCCAAAAGAAGCUGUCGCGAAUGACCAGCGAGGACGCCGCCAAGUACCGCCUUGACGACAGCCUGGGGGGGCACUCGCCCACAAUACACCAGCGCGCGCUGCGCCGCAUCUACGGCGACAAGGUGGCGGUGGACAUUAUCGCGGGAUUAAAAAAGAAUCCUGUUGUUGCCGUACCUGUCGUACUGAGGCGGCUCAAAGCUAAGGAGGAGGAGUGGAGGGAAGCUCAAAAGGGCUUCAAUAAACAAUGGCGAGAGCAGAACGAGAAGUACUACUUGAAGUCGCUGGACCACCAGGGCAUCAACUUCAAACAGAACGACUUGAAGGCGCUGCGCUCAAAGUGCCUGUUCAACGAGGUGGAGAGCGCCUACGCCGCGCGCCGGCCCGGCCCGCACCUCGUGGCCGACUACGGCCUGCGCACGCGCCACGAAGCGAUCAAAAUAGUUCGUGACGCAGCUGAACUGUUGAUCCACCACGCGAGGAGACAGACAGGCAUACAGAAGGCCGAAAAGCGAAGAAUCAAACAGCUGCUCAGGCAUUUUCUUCCUGAUCUGUUCGCACAUCCUCGGCAACCCUUGUCUGAUGAUGAGAGAGAUGAAGAAGAAAAAGAAGAGCCAAAUAGUCCAGACAGCCCAAGUGCAGAUCAGGCUGCUGAUGAUAAAGGAGGGAGCGUCAAACAAGAGAAACAAGAGUCGUCGGAGUCCGAUAAUGCGUCUGACAAAAGCAGUCGGAACAACAAGAACGACAAAGAGAAUAAACCUAAAAACAACAACACAGCUGACAGUAAAGAUAGCACAAACUCCAUUAAACGCAGCAGUAGCAACGAAGAUUCUGUCAACAUGAAGAUUGAGGUCAAAAGUGAGCAGGAUAUUGAAGAUGAUUACAGAGAUCAUCCAUCUAAUGAGGCGCGCUUCGUGUGCACGUCGUCGUGGUACCUGUUCCUGCGCCUGCACGGCAUCCUGUGCCAGCGGCUGGGCGCGGCGCGGCGGGCGGCGCUGGCGCUGGCGCAGGCCGAAACCUCCCGCGCCGCCGCGCGCCCCCCCAGCGUGGCCGCCGCGCUGCGCCUCAAGCCCUCCAAUCUACCAGUGGAAGCUUCGUCGCCAGCGGAAUACUACAAUGCGCUCCUCGAGCUGGUGAAGGGCGUGCUGGACGGGAACGUGGACGCGAAUGCGUACGAAGACGCCGCGAGGGAGAUGCUCGGCAUCAAGGCCUAUCCCGCCUACACGCUCGACAAGUUGGUGUCUACGGCUGUUCGACAGCUGCAGCACUGCGUGUCGGAGAGCUGGUCGUCGCGCGCGGCGGAGCUGGCUGCGCGUGGCAUGCGCGGCUCGGCGGCCUACGUGCGGCGCGCGCUGCGGGCGCUGCGCGCGCACCACACCGCCUUCCUCGUUAGAGUGUAUGGCGGGGACGACUGUAAAGUGACGUUUGAGUUACUGGAGGCUGCGGGCGAGGGUCACGCUUCGCCCCACCACGAUUCCUCUAGACUGUCGCCCACUAACCAGUCGCGCAGCCGCGAGACGAACGGCGAGGCGGUGUCGCGACUGGCGGCGUGGUCGCUGUACGCCGAGAGCUACGCGCGGCCGGACGCGGGCGGCGCGGGCGCGGCGGCGGCGCGCAACAAGCCCGUGUUCCUGCGCCGCAACGCGCGCCGCGCCGGCGCCGCGCCCGCGCCGCACACCGCCAGCGCCGCCGCCGACUGCGCGCCCGCCGUGCGCCGCCGCAAGCCGCCGCGCCUGCACGACCACUCCGAGUGCACGCUCGCCAACACCAUCCGGUUGGUGGCGUGUCGACCGCAACAGCUGUACCGCGCGGGAUGCCUGGCGCUGGCGCGCGCGUCGCACGCUCGCCUGUCGGCGGCGCGGCGGGCUCGGUUCCGCGCCUGGCUCGCACGCCGCUCGCUCGCCAACACUUAGCCAGCCCGCGCCUCGCGCGAGAAGGCGACCCGCGCGCGCGACUGUCGAUACUGAGGCGUCCCGGACGUCCGUGCGAAACGAGAAUGACAUUAUUGAAGUAGACAAACUUUUAAAUCUACGAUAAAACGCUGUCAAUUUUUACUGAAUCGUUUUUCUUCUGUGAUGAAAGGUUUUUCAUCUGAUUCAC